AUGUCUGCCGGUCUUGACAUGUCUCUCGAUGACAUCAUCUCCAAGAAGAGACCAUCAAGAGUUUUUAGAGGUAGACCCGCUCGAGCCAGUGGUAUUGUCAAACGUUCCGGUGGACCGAUCAGGAAUUCGCGGCCACUCCAAACUGGAUCUCGACCUUAUGGGGUACCAUCCGCAACAACAUCCAACGUCGGCUCCGCACCUGAAGGAAAGAUUUUGGUAUCUAACCUUGCUUAUAAAGUCACAGAGGCAGACCUUUGGGAACUUUUCACAACUAUGAUCGGCCCCGUACGUCGAGUGAAUCUCAACUUCGAUAAAAAUGGACGAUCCAAAGGCACCGCUUCGGUUGUUUUCCAGAGAAGAGCAGACGCCGUAAGAUCUGUUGAAAAAAUGCGAAAUAUUACCCUGGAUGGACGCGAGAUAAAGAUCGAAAUAGUUGUCGUUCCGGGGACCAACAGUGGAGCCAACCCUAUUUCACAACGCAUCGGUAAUUUACAAGAGCGAAGCCGUGUUGCGCCCAUUCGUGGAGCUGUGAGCGGUGCACCUCGAGGAUUACCAACGCGUGGUGGUGGCCGCGGUCGUGGAGGUAUCCGUGGCGGUCGUGGCGGCGGUCGCAGGCCAGAUAACAGGCAAAAAAAAACGCAGCAGGAGUUAGACGCAGAAAUUGGUGAAUAUAUGCAGAUUGAUGAAGUGAGUAUUUGA